AUGGCUGCGACACGUCUGGCCUGGAUAUGCGGCACAUGCCAGAGGGAGUGCAUACCCAUCCGCUCCGAGUCGCGCUGCCUGUGCGGCCACCGCCAUAAGGAGCACGACCCGGGAGGGGCGCGCCGGUGCACCGCCGGCAAGUGCGCCUGCUCCGGCUUCUUUUACAUAGUUGCCGAAGGCGCCUGGAUUCUGCGGUGCCGGUGCAAGCACAAGCACGUGGAACAUGCCGCCGACACGCACGCCUGCGCCAAGGCCGGCUGCGCCUGCCGCCGGUUUGACAGCCCCUGGGUGUGCAACUGCGACCAUCCCUGGGCAGACCACAAGCAGGUGGAGGUGGAGAAAGCGGUGGGCUGCGGGCUGUUGGAGGCGAUAGCUGAUGUGAACCGCUGGGAUCAGCUGAAGCGCGGCGGCGGCGCAGGCGGCGGCUGA